CAAGCACGACCGUCGUCAGUAUCGUCUGAGUGGUUGCCGGGUACGCACAAGGGUAGUCGAAUUUACCGUCGGUAUUCUCGGUCAUCGCCGCUGUGCGUGCUGGGAUCGUGCUGUGUUGAUAUGUGCCGACACCGUUUGCGGACAUAACAGUUUGGUGUGUUGUAGGCUUUUUGUUGAUCUGGGUAGGCGUCCCAACGUGGCGGGUGGGAAGUGUCCAAAAGUGCGAGGUGGUGAGUGUUAAAGAAUCGCCUGUCGAAAAGGCAACAUUCAGUUCAGAGAGCUCGAGCGCGAGCUCGCUGAUUGCGACUGUCCCGGCUAGUGUCAGUGCGCUAAACCAGUGCGUUUUAAACAUCAAAAAAAGGUGUCAAGCCUGCUGUUGUGUAGUGUGUACAAUUUCAAAUAAACCGCCUUCAAUCAAGCCCAUCAACCAAACGGUAUUCACCACAGUAUCCAUGUGCCGGUUCCUGUUCCGCGCGCGUCACACCAUCCACUGAAGGUGUUUCGGGAGGUGAUAAUUAAUCGCGAUCAUUGGUCUGUACACUGAGUCUGAGUGUAGAAUAAAACCGCGACCGUGAAAAUGCUCGUUCCACCAGAAAUGAUCGCGGUGCAGUCGAAACUGAUCUACCAGAUGAACAAGUACUGCGCGGACCGGGUGCAAGCCCGCAAAGCCCAGAUUCACAAAACUAUCCAGGAGGUCUGCCGUGUGGUGCAGGACGUACUAAAGGAGGUCGAGGUGCAGGAGCCGCGCUUCAUCUCGUCGCUGAACGACUACAAUGGCCGAUAUGACGGACUAGAGGUGGUGUCGCCGACGGAGUUCGAAAUUAUUAUCUACCUCAAUCAAAUGGGCGUCCUCAACUUUGUGGACGACGGUACGCUGCCUGGGUGUGCGGUGCUGAAGCUUAGCGACGGUCGCAAACGCUCCAUGUCGUUGUGGGUCGAGUUUAUUACUGCUUCCGGGUAUUUGUCCGCCCGAAAGAUCCGGUCCCGCUUUCAGACACUAGUCGCGCAGGCCUGUGAUAAGUGUUCGUACCGCGACUCGGUGAAGAUGAUUGCCGACACGACGGAGGUAAAACUGCGCAUCCGCGAGCGUAUUAUCGUGCAGAUCACGCCCGCCUUCAAGUGUGCAGGAUUGUGGCCCCGGUCCGCGUCACACUGGCCCUUGCCCCAGAUACCAUGGCCUCAUCCGAACAUCGUAUCAGAGGUGAAAACGGAAGGGUUCGACAUGCUGUCAAAGGAGUGCAUCGCGCUGCAAGGCAAAAACUCGGCGAUGGAGGGUGAUGCUUGGGUGCUAAGCUUUACCGAGGCCGAAAACAAACUGCUCCAAGGUGGCUGUCGGAGGCGGUGCCUCAGCAUUCUGAAGACGCUGCGCGACCGGCACCUCGAUCUGCCCGGCAACCCAGUCACAUCGUACGUGAUGAAGACACUGCUACUGUACGAGUGCGAAAAACAUCCGCGCGAGAUGGAGUGGGACGAGAACUGUAUGGGCGACCGGAUCAACGGGAUCUUUCUGCAGCUCAUCUCCUGCCUGCAGUGUCGCCGAUGUCCUCAUUACUUCCUGCCAAACAUGGACCUUUUCAAGGGCAAGUCACCCGGUGCGCUCGAAAACGCCUCCAAGCAGGUCUGGCGGUUGACACGAAUCAUGCUCACCAACUCACGCUGCCUCGAGGAGCUGUAAAGAAGCCGCUACGAGGGCGUUGCACAUCGUAAAUACAACAUCGUAGGCUAAGACCGAACGUUCUCUAGAACAUAAGGGGGGUGGGGACGAGUAUUUACUCGCAAGAUCUGGAGAGAGGGUUUAUCAAGCAGGUAAACGCGCCUCACCUGCCCAGAGGGCAUUAAUUGUGGGGCAAGCAAGCACUAUUCUAACUCUAGCGAGGUACUAAAUUAUUAUGCACGUACACUGUAUACACCAUUUAAGCUAGCUUUCGUCGGUAACUUAUGUCAUAACAAAUUGUUUUUUUUUUUUAAAUAUUAAUUAGAAAAGCUAUUCAUCGGACUGGAGAAUGGCUCGGCAUUAUGGACACGGUGCAUAUUAGGACAAUUUUGUUUGUUUGUUUUGCCUUCUAAACUCCUUUGCUGAAAAAAAACAGUCAGCUCGAUUCGAGAUCUGUCUGAAGCUAUACAAGGGGAUUGUGCUGUUUCAAAAGUCUCCGCCCUCUAGUCUAUCCACGUAAUUGUUAAACACUUCGUGCUCAAUCAAAUCGUUUACUAAUAUUGCCGAAUUACACGUUGUGUUCGGGCGAGGGAUUUUUCUUCAUCUCAUGGCUUACGUUCCUUUUGCAAACUUCCCAUCUCCAUCCAGACAACCAGAGCGAAGAAAGCUGGACGUCCCUUGACAACGGAGUUGCAACGCACUCUAGUAUAACGACGAAACUAAGGGUCUGCAUGGAUGCAAAACAGCAGUAACGAAAAAAGGCAACAAUCACGAAUAUCAAAAUGUACUAGUUGAAGUAAGUGAAAGUGGGGGUCUCAACAUAGAGCAAAUACCCGUAAACUGUAUAAGAAACGGGGUGGGCAAUUUGGCAGGGACCGGACACGGACAAAGUUUGUGAAAUUCACAAUCGUGCUAGAAGAAGAUACUGAAAAGUAGACAACCAAGUAAACAAUUAAAAAAUUUAAAACAAAUAAAAAAUGGUUCAAGAAGAGAACGAGAUAGUACAUUGCUUUUUUUAUUAGCAGAAAAACAAGUAUCAAAAGACUGGAAAGGAAAAUAUAUUAUGAAGAGAUUCAGGAUAACAUUUAUUUAUUUUACAGGUACCGAGGUGUUUGGGUUAAAAGAUUGCGAAUAAGCCUCCAACAACAACUCACUGACAAAAGACUAUAUUGUGCAGCCGCAUUAUUAAAGCGCUGAAGAAAUUGCGAGAUAACCUAAGAAUACCAUUCGAAGUGCUGGAUAAAAAGAUUCUGUACAAGUGAGAAGUGCUGCAAUCUAUUGCCCCCUACCCCCACCCCUCAACCCACCCCCUCUAGUGUUACCUUCUUCUUCUACUUUGGUACAAUAACCGUUAUCGGAGAAGGCCUGCCUGUCAGUGACUUAUUGAUUAUCCAUAUCAUGAUAGUCAGUCCUACGUAUGGGGGCACGAUCCAUUCGGGGCUUGAACCCAUGACAGGUUUGAAGUCUAGUGUUACCAUCCUUGAACAAAGCAACACUCAGUGAACAGCCAUCAGCGUCAAAAUUCUCUAAAACAAACAUGCCCCAAAUGGGUUUCCCGCGCCUCUCAAUCCCCAUACGAUAAUUAUCCGUUCGGACUGGUUCGAAUAAUCAUUUUACACAAAUGUUUUGUUUGUAAAACAUUUACCCAUCAUUUUGGUGAAUGCUCUUGUUUUUUUUUUUUUGCUGCUUCUGCUGUCUUGCACAUUUAUUUUCUUCGGUCGUGCUUCUUUCACUUUUUUCAUUCGUUUUACUGUCACCACACGCUUAUCGAAACGGUUAAACUUGCCGCUUAUCGGUGGUGUCUCGAAGCAAAGGUGUACACGGAGCCACGGAGCACGCUCCUAUGUGUGUGCAUGCACCGUCCAUACACCCGACAGGUACGCUAUUAAACCGACUGCAAUAUUAUAAUCGGACGGGCUAAUAACCGUCGCACGGGCGAGAGAAGACGACUUUCGAGCUUCCCGACGUGCGGCAAUAAAUGCUGACAGCUUCAACGGCCGUACAAACCAAUUUACGAUUAUUGGGCUAAUAACUUUUGCAGUUGCUUUUUUUUUUGGAUGCCUCUCUCUUUCUCUCCGCCUCUAUCCUUCGUUUUCUCUUUAUCUUUCUAUUCUUUCUAUCUCUAUUCUUCGCGUGUUUCUAGAGGAGUGUUAGGGCAGUGCCGUUUGCUAACUCAACAACAACAAGUGUAAAUAUGUGGAUGAAAUGAGGCUGGGGAAGGGAGGCUUUCAGAGAAAUGCACACAGCAGGGUGCAUACGUGUGCGCCUAUUCGGAGUGGUCCGAUUAAAAUUCGAUAUUUUACAACAACGAAAAAAAGCGAGUGAAAGGUUGUCCUCAGCCUCAGAUUAGUGUGUCUGAGUAUCAUUUGUGUCGCGAACACACACACAAAAUUGCUAUCGUCCGCCUAAUAAAACGCUUUAAUCGGAAAGCGAACAAUGUUAACACGCUCUUUCGAACCUCUACUCGUCCGCGUGUGGCACAUGGUGUGCGGUUUUGUGGAUUGGUCUCGGAAGGAACGUCCUUUUCAAAAAUAACAAUAUCAAAAUCAAUACACACACAAGGAUGAAAGGAAAUUUGGCUGGAAAUAAAUGAGACCCAGAUAGAGAGAGUGAGCCAAAGAGAGGAGAGGAGGGAGGGGGAGAAUAAGAGAAUAAGGACCCAUCAAUGUCAGCGGGCUGCCAUUAUUCGACGCGAAGUUCAUUUUAAAUCAGCAAACUGCAAUUUGAUAUGGCAGGUAAAGGAUGUUUGUACUGUACCACCGAGGAUAUGGCUCCUAAUCAGCACCGUAGCAGUGUUGGUGGUGAUCCAUAUCUAGGAAAAAAGGUAAGAAAAAAUAUAAUGGAAGGAAAACAUAAAAGCGCUCCAGCUCUCAA